UCAAUGGAAGGUAGCCUUCUUCCAUUAGUAGAAGGUAGCCAUGUUGUUGUAUUGGCGUUCGGGAUAUAGUUUUGUGUAACUCUAUUUUCUUCAGUUAUGAUAUGCUAGUGCAUUUAGUGAUCAUAUAUUAAUGUUUGAGUGUAUGUUUACUUGUGAAUUGUUUUGAGUUGUUGUGAUGAAUUGAUAUUGUGAAAAUGACAGCGCAGACAGAUAUACCGCCGGUCCCUGCGACCAAAGUGGUACAAAUAACAAACAUUGCACCACAAGCAACCAAGGAUCAAAUGCAAACAUUAUUUGGAUUUCUGGGUAAAAUAGAAGAUAUUAGAUUGUAUCCUACUAUACGGGAUGUCUCUGUACCUGUCCAGUCAAGAAUUUGCUAUGUUAAGUUUUUUGAUACAUCUUGUGUUGGUGUUGCUCAGCACAUGACAAAUACUGUUUUCAUUGACAGAGCUCUUAUAGUCACUCCUUAUGUAUCAUCUACAAAUGAAAUUCCUGAUGAAUAUAGAGCACUUGAAAUAGCUGCCCAAGCUAAUAUAGUUCCAGGUCUUUAUGGCAACAAUUCUAAAUUGCCUCCUCAUGUUACAAAUCAAAUUGAAGGAGUUCAACCCAAUCAGGUUAUUACUACUCAUGAUCCAGUUCUUAUUUCUAAUGGACUUCCUCCUUAUCCACCACUUCCUAUUAAUUAUGAUUCCGUUAGAAUUGAAGAAAUCCGUAGGACCCUUGUAGCCUCUAAUUUAGACCCAUCUAUUUCAGCACAACAGCUAAUUGACUUUUUUGGCACAGCUGGAGAUGUUAAAUAUGUUCGGUUUUGCACAAGGGACAGUGAUCUAAAUAAGUAUGCUCUUAUUGAGUUCUCUGAACAGAGCAGUAUUAUUAAUGCUUUAAAAAUUAAUGGUGCUGAACUGUUAGGCCGACCGGUGCAUAUAUCUCAUUCUACUAUCAACAUUGAUAAACCACAGGCUAAAAGUAAUGAAGCUGCUCAAAGGGAGAUAGAAGAAGCCAUGACAAGAGUUAAAGAAGCUCAGAAUUUGAUAUCUGCUGCAAUUGAUCCAGUAAUUGGAAUUCUUUCAAAGGAAAAGAAAAGGGGAAGAAGUCGUUCACGUUCAAGAAGAAGAUCUAGGUCUAGAUCUCGGGGUAGAAGAAGAAGAUCAAGAUCUAGAUCAAGAGGGAGACGUCGCAGGUCAAGGUCAAGGAAAAGAUCAAGAUCUCGUUCACGGAGACGUUCACGCUCACGUGAUAGAAGGAAGAGAUCCAGAGAAAGAAGGAGAACAAAGUCAAGAUCUAGAUCUAAAAGUAGAGGGAGAUCUAGAAAAUCUAGAUCAAGGUCUAAAUCUAAGAAAAGUGAAAAGACUAAAUCAAGCAGGCAUAGAGAAGAGAAAAAAGAUAAGGAAAGAAGCAAAGAAUCGACACCAAGAGAGAAAGACGUAUCUAAUUCUGACAAACAUAAAGAAUCUAAUGAUAAAGAAAUUAUCAGAUCUCCUGAAAAAAGUCCCAGAAUUAGAAGUCCUAGCCGUGACAAAAGUAGGUCUGUUUCUCGGAAAAAGAGCCAUUCUCCAUCUCACAAAGGAAGUCGUUCACCUUCCAGAAAGAAAAGUCGUUCUCCUUCACGAAAAAAGAGUAGAUCUCCUUCAAGAAGAAAGAGUCGAUCAGUUUCAAGGAAAAAAAGUAGGUCACCAUCAAGGAAAAAGAGUCGUUCACCUUCUAGAAAGAAAAGUCGUUCAGUUUCUAGGAAAAAGAGUCGUUCGCCUUCUAGAAAGAAAAGCAGAUCUCCAUCAAGAAAGAAGAGUCGUUCUCUAUCCCGUAGAAAGAGUAGAUCUCCAUCUAGAAGAAAGAGUAGGUCACCUAGGCGAAGGACAAGAUCCCCUCGAAGGAGAUCACGAUCGAGAAGCCGUAGAAAAAGUAGGACUCCUAUUAGGCGUAGAACAAGAUCUCCUAGAAAAAGUCGGUCACCUAGAAGAAAAAGGAGUAGGACACCUCGUAGGAAACGAAGUAGGAGUCCAAAAUGGAGAAGCCGGUCUCCAUCCUCACCACCACGCAGAAGAUCUUCGAAAUCUCCUUCCUAAGACUAAAAUUUCAUUGAUUUUUUUUCUUUCUUUUUUUUAAAUAUUUAUAAAUUGUGAAGAAUUUGUUACUCUUCUUACCAUCAAAUUGUGUUUAAAAUAAUGAUUAAUGAAUAUGUUGAUAAAACUAUUAUUUUAUUUGUGUUUUCUGAAAAUUAGAAGUGGAAACAUAAAUCAGUUUUAUUUGUUGUUUUAAAUUCAAUUAUUUUAUUAAAAUAACAAUGUAUAUUCAUCUAUUUCAUUUAUGUACACACAUUUAUAUUUGUGUAUAUUACAAAUUUAUUAUAAGUGAAAUUUACCACUUUGUCUGAUAUUCGUUUAUUUUUUUAACUUACUGAUCAUGAACCUUCUCCUAAAACCUAACUCAGAUCGUUCCCUUUUUUCUGAGCUAACCAGAUUUAUGUUGAAGUUUUUUUAAUAUAAUCCAGAUUUUUAAUAAAGUAAUGAAAACAAUCCUCUGGAUUAUCAUUUGUUUUGUUAGUUAAUAGCUCUUAUCAAUAAAAUUGUAGUUCUACCAUGUUUAGUUGACAUCCUAAGGGAAAAUUCAUGCUGUACUUAAAUAAAACUAACAUAUUUUUUUGCUCAAUCCUCGAGAUUAUUAACAAAAUAUUUACUUGUACUGUAUUUAGAUGAUAACGAUAUUCAAUAUAAAUAUACAUAUGUGAAUAUUUUGUAAUACGGGAAGAACAAAAUGUGGGUUUCUUAGUACCACAUGAGUAGCUCAAUUAAUAUUUUUAGCAGCAUAACUUCAUUUGUUCUAUCAGUUUCAAGAAAAGUUUUAUGUUCUAUGGAAGCACCAAUUUAACAUUUAUUAUUAUAUUUAAUUUCAAAAAGCUUCCAAUUGAAGUUUAUUAUUAUUGAAGAUUAUUCAGCGCCAACCCACAAACUCGAGCUAAUUAUAGGUGAAACUUUGUCCAUACUUUUUAUUGGUUGAAUAUUUAAAGAGUUAAUACAUGUACUUCCCAUUUUAAGAAUGUUGGUUUCAGCACUGGUUUUGGUGUAAUCUGAUAUGUUAUUUCUAUAAAUUACAUGGUAUGUAAGAACAAGGUGUAUGUUAGAGGAUUAAUUACCAAGGCCAGUUUGAUUUGAUGUUAACAGCCAAGGCUAGUUAAGAGUAAAACUAGUAUUAUAUUUGUAAAAGUUUACGUUUUAAGAAAACCAGUUUAAUAUUUUAUAUUUAUAAAGUUUUUAAAAAUUGUUAUGUAACCUGAGAAAUUCAGAUUUGUGGAUGCAUAGCAAAAAUUAUGGAUUUAGAAAUAGAAUUGGAUUCAUUUAAAUUUAAAUAGUUCAGUUGCUAAAUUUGAUUGAAGAGUCAGAAUCGUAAUUGAAAAUAAAAGAAAGAGAUGCUGGUCAUUAAUAAGAAAUUGUGGAAACUAAAUUACUUUUUUUAUUAUUAUUUACAACUGUAUUAAAGAAAUACAUUUAGUAAAUUUGAACAUAUGGAUAUAAUGACAUGAAAACAUUUGUUGUGUAACUACCCAAUGGUAGCACUCUAAUUUUACUUAAUUGACAGAACGAACAAGAUACACUAAUAUUAUAGUAUAGUUAACAGUGUAUUGAUUUUGUUAAUAGAAAUUUGUUUUUCAUGACAAUUUCCUAUUUUAAUUUCUUGCAUGAAAACAUUUCCUUUUGUUCCCUCUGUCGGUAUAGCCUAUGCCAGUCUGAUUUUCUUUUAGUCUAUGAAUUAAUUUGAGAUAAUUCAAUUCCAUCAGCAAAGCUUUACAUAAACCUAUUACAUGUUGGUUGUGUGUUUGUACUUCCCUAGUAUUCCUCCUUUUCUAUUAACCACAGGUGACUUAUUAUAGAAUAUAAAGAACUUGCAUCCUUUUGUUUUAAGCUUUCUUGUAGUGUCUGACAUAAACUGGCAGUAGAGUAGUGUCUUCAAGUUUAUCACAAAAGAUAGCAAUAGUUUCAUUCCAAAGUUUUGAAGUUUUAGGUCCUACAUAUCAGAUUAUUAUUUGAAAGAAUUGUCCCUGGGAAGAUACUUUUUUUUCAGAAUAAUUGCUAUCAAAUGAAAAAUUUAAAUGUGUGAACGAAACCAAAAUUUAUUCCAGACAAGCAAUGUCUAAAUUGGAGGAGAAGGUAAGAAUAUGGAACAGGAGAAACAUUUUUGCCCUAGAGUUAAAAACCUAGGGGGCUUAGUGAGAUGAUGUACAAAAAUAUUGAAAUAUAAAAUUUUAAGGAAUUUACAUUGUCAUUAAUAAAAUAACAGGAAGAGAUUUUGUUAAAAAUAAAUGAAAAUGUGUUCAUUUAAAAGAUACUUCCUUAACUUAUACUUUGUACAAAUUACAAGUCAGAACAUUUAAGAAACCUUCACAAGCACUUGUGCAAUGUUCUAAUGUUUUAUGGAAAGCCUUUUCUCCUUUUGUAUAAUAUGGAUCCUUGAUUAUAAGCUCACCAGAUGGAUCAAAUGAGCCCAAAAGAUGCAGUUUUGCUUUUGAAUUUGGUGGUGCAAGGCGUUUCAAAUCUGACAUGUUUUCUUCAUCCAUACCAAGAAUGAAUUCAAAUUUAUGAAAAUCAGAUUCCUCUAUCUGUCUUGCUCUGUGAUUUAUUUCAAUAUUGUUACGUUCCAGAACAGAAAUGGCUCGAGAAUCAGGCUUAGAGCCAAUAUGCCAAGAUCCAAUAGCUGCACUAUCAACUAGCCACUUGUCAAAAAUACCCUUUUCUUUGAGCAGUUUUCGAAAUACUGCUUCAGCAACUGGUGAACGACAAAUGUUUCCAAGACAGAUAAAAAGUACACUUCUAUCAAAAUUAGCUGCCAUCUAUAAAAU